AUCAUGGCGGAGGUUCACGUCAUCGGGCAGAUCGUGGGGGCCAGCGGCUUCCCCCAGCGCCGCCUCUUCUGCAAGUGGGGGCUGCACGCCGGCGGCGCCUGGAAGCUGCUCUCGGGGUUGGGGUCCGGGCAGACGCAGGUGGACGACCCCCAGGCAGACGACGUGGCUUAUUGGUGUCACCCCCUCGAUGUCCAUUUUGCCACCAAGGGGCUGCAAGGUUGGCCCAAGCUGCACCUGCAGGUCUGGCACCAGGACGGACUGGGGCGCAGCGAGGUGCUGGGUUACGGUUUUUGUCACGUACCAGCCACCCCCGGGUGCCACGCAUUGGCCUGCGUCACCUGGCGCCCACGGGGGACCUGGCGGGAACGGUUGUGCCAGCGUUUGGUGGGGGGGGGACCCCAACUCCGAAACCCUGAAGCCGUCGCCGCCGGUGCCCCUGAUCGCUUCCGCCUGCGUACCGAGGCCGCCGGCACCGUCCACCUGCAGCUGGGUGUCCUCCUCCGGCAUUUCGGCCGUUACGGCGUCGAGUGCUAACGGGGUGGGGGGACGGGACGCCACGGUCGUGUGCGUGCGUGUGUCCCCAGGAUGGGACAUUUGGGGUUCCCCACCACCCCAGGACAGGACGUCAGGGUCCCCUGGGGAUGGGGAUGCCGGGAUCCCCCAGGGACGGAGGGGACAGGGUCCCCUGG